ACACGCCGCCGCUACUGCUGCUGCUGCUACCCGUGUUCGCCGUGGCUUGAAUUCGAACUCGGGUUUCUCCCCGUUCACAGCGCUUGCGCCCGCUAAGCCCUGCGCCGUCGCUGGAGCAAAAAAAAACGUGGAACGCCGCUCCUCGCUUUGUCCCGCGGGCUGGGACAGAGCGCGCUGCUGCUGCUGCUCCGCCACCCGGCACACAACACUGCGGCACUGCUGGCCUGAGACAGCUCGCUCGGGCGUGAGCGCUCAGCUCACAGGAGGCAGUCCACCAUUCCUCCUUUAUCCUCCUCGUCGUCAUCAUCAUCCUGCUGUUGCUGCUGCUUGUUCUGAAGCAGGAGCAGCAGCAAUAGUGGGAGUACCGGCAGCAGCAGUAUCAGGAAGAUUCGUUUCUAGUGCGAGAGAGGAGAGACGGAGGAGGCACCUGAGCGCACGCGCGCGUUAAGCGGGUGAAGAUGAUCGUGGUGGUGGUGGUAGGUGACUGAAGAACAAUGGAAAUGGGGAACCGCAAGCACUCGGUGAAGAAUUAAAAGAAGAGGAAGCACACGACGACAAAAAGAUGCAGGGCAGGCAGAGAGAAAUCAACAAUGCAUUUGGAACGAUUUUGCAAGCGGCGUCAAUAUGAAUAAUUGCGUAAUAUGUAAUAAAUAAUGGUAGGCGGAAAUUGUGGAAUAGGGCAAAACGCUAUCUUUUAUUUUAUUUAGCGUUUCAAAUCAAUCGAUCGCGACGUCAAGGAAGACCAUUUACGUGCCGCGGAAGAAGACGCGUGUUUUGUCAGAUGCACACCGGCGCAGCUCAGAAAUAACGUGGUCCCAUUGUGCCCCCCCCACCCCCCCCUUGCCUUCUGUCUCAACCUCAUCUCGCACAUCUCGCUCUCCGCCCCCACCGACAUCUCUCCCUCUCGCCGUAUCGUCGUCAUCCCACCAUUCCGCCCUUCCAAACGCCUGCGUUCGCGUGUACAUACAUCAUCACCGUCAUCAUCAUCAUCGUCGUCGUCGUCCUCAUCUUCAACUUCAUCAUCACCAUCAUCAUCACCACCACCAACGGCAUCAUCUCUCUUCAUUUCUUCGCUCGCUCGUUUGCCUGCAUGGCCGGCGUGGCGAUAAAGGCCGGUCGCCCCGAUGGCAGGCGGAGUCUUUCCUCUCGGGAGGGAAGCUCCUUCUUGUUGCUGAUGCGGGCGUGAAGGCGACGAAGGAGUCACAGCUGUUGGCUUGGGCCCCCCAGCCUCACCCGGAUAAGGGAUGCAAGUGAGCAGACAUGGGCAGGCGACAGACGGUGCAGAAUGAUGGAGGGGCACCGGCUUCUCCACACUCACCGGCUUGCUGCUUCUGUUGGUGCUGUUGCUGCUCUUCCUCCUGCCCUUAUUUUAAGCUUAACAAUGCUGAUGGGACAGGCAUUACGAUGGGAAACGAAGAGACAGCAAGGAGGAAGAGCAGGCGUGCAUCCCGCGAAACUCGGAUUGAAAUGGUCCAAAACAAAGACAGCAGUGGAAAACCAUCGAUGGAGGAGGUGCAAGUGUGGGGUCAGUCUUUUGACAAGCUGAUCCGGAGCGCGGGUGGAAGAAAUAUAUUCCGAGAGUUUUUACGGACUGAAUUUAGUGAAGAGAACAUGCUCUUUUGGCUGGCCUGCGAGGACUUGAAAAGAGAAGCCAGCAAACGAGCCGUUGAAGAGAAGGCCCGGGUGAUAUAUGAGGACUAUAUCUCGAUACUGUCUCCCAAGGAGGUCAGCCUUGACUCCCGCGUACGAGAGGUUAUCAAUCGGAACAUGCUGGAACCGACGUCCCACACAUUUGACGACGCGCAGUUGCAAAUCUAUACCCUCAUGCACAGAGACUCCUACCCCCGCUUCUUGAACUCGCAAAUGUUCAAAUCCUUACAGGACAACCUUGCAGAGUCAUCCUCCGAGUCUUAAGUUCUUCGGUAUCGAGCCCGGAAGUCGAGCGCUUAAAAAAAAAUGGAUGGGAGUGAGUGAGACGUCUGAUGUACGAGCAAACCACUUUCUGUGACAACAACUAAGGCUGGAACAAUGUCUACUCAGGCUCUUUUUUACUUUAUAACUUGAAACAUAUUUUGGUACUGUGUGGACUUGUUUUUUUGUUUUUCAUCAUUAUUUUAUUAAAUGCCAUGCUCUUUAUUUCCCUUCCCCCCACCCACCCACCACCACCGCCACCGCCAUUCUGUUUAAUGAUGUUUAGCAUCUGAAGUCUCAAAAUGUGUGCAUUGAUUCAGGAAUUAUUUGGUUAGGGUGUCUAAAAUUACAAUUAGCAGGUCUAAUUCGGAAGGUAACUAUUAUCUCAAAAGUUUACAAUCCGGCGUCAUAUCACAGUCUGGCAAUGUAAUUGUGAACAUUUUUGUUGCUAGUUUCUUCUAUGCAACACGUUUGCUAUGCUUCGUCCUGAUUUUAUCUCAAACAGCAAACUUAUCUUUUGUCCCUAUUUUUUAAAUGUUUAUACUUUAAAGAUGAAGCAUGCCGAAAUUUUCAAGCAAUAACAUGAGAGGAUUUAAACCAGGAGUAAGUAAUUUUUGAAAGAGGAACAAAAUAUAUUUACUUACAUGCAAAAAAAAAAUAAAGGGGUUAUCCGAUUUCAUGUAUAAAAUGUUUGAGGAUUGUAAAAGUUUCGAUGUUGAUGUUGAUCUUUUAAAUGAGGGUGAAUGUGAAACAUACAAUGAAAACGAAAGCGUAUGUACAAAAGGGUUUCUAAAUAUUUAAGCUUUACCUUAUCCACCGUCAUAAAAUGUGACGGGUCUAAUGAUGCUUGCAUGAACAUUUUUAGUGUGCACCAAACAAGGGAUGGAUACAAAUCACGUGAACCUUUUUGCUGUUUCGUUAAUUUUUCCAAUUGUGCCCAUCUGUGCAGAAUAACUUGCAUUGUAUUGAUAGCUAAGCCCCAACUACUGCAGAUGUUUACGUUAAUUUUGGCAACAAAUGUAAACAAAAUUGCUUUAGCACCUAUACUUUGGAGGGAAAUUUCAAAAUAAUGUUUGACAGAGAAUAACGCUGUUCGGUGACAUCUUUUAAAACGUUGAGAGAUAUAAAUGCUGAAUAAUCCAGCUGAAAUUGGCGAUUUGUUUAAACCAGCAAUAGAGCAACACCGUUAUGCUAUGAAUGUUAUAGUUUUGAUCGUCACAUUUUAUGAUAUAGAUAUGAUUUUAAUGACAAAUUCUGAGCUAUAAUGUAUUCAAUGUAUGUCUACCGCUUAUAUUCACCCUGCCUGCAGCUUGUACCAUUUCAAAAAAAGCAUACUAAUAAAUAAUCUUAACAUUUA